AGAUUCCACCUCACCACUUGUUUCGAUGCUGAUGGCAACGAGGAACCUGACAACUACAAACAGGUGUCCCUGCAUUUGCACAAGUUCGUGGGGUACGGUAUGCGCGCCGCUACCAUGCCUCCGUUCGACAAGUCGCGAAAGAAAGACGGGUCUCAGGUCGUUAUGCUUCGGCCUCCAGAGUUUCUUAAGAAAAUUAACUGCCAUAAGGUGGCUACCCACGUGUGCACGGUGGACAGCAAGCUGGCGUUAUCCACACCUCUUAUACCGUUCGAUAUUCUUGUCGACAAGUUCGAUUCGAAGCUUCGAUCGUACAGGUUGCAGACGUUGGGCCAGGCUAUUUUGCACAGUGCUAUCUCUGUUGGCUCGCCACAUGUUGGAGGGGCGACGAAAACCAAACUCGACAGUUCAACAAGACAAACCGGGCAGGAGGGACCGGUUGGCAAGUCUGGGCCUGUGUUGAAACCCACUCUUCCCUCGCAUUCGCGAUCGAAAAUGGUGCCAACAAGCAGUGCUCCGGGUCGACCACGGGAGGAAGGUCCGACGGAAACUUCGUGUUCGCGUGAGGACGGUGGAGGCGAGCGCCCUGGGGAUUCGGAAAAGACAGAGGAUGACAUCACCCCUGGACAACGCGUGGUUGAGAGAUCCACGGACGACAAUGUUGGCCGUGACGAGGAUGAAACCGAAGAACGCAGUGAAGGUCAGGAUCGCCUAGAUGUCAUCGAUGAAGAUGCCUGCGGCGAUGAGGAUGACCUCGAAGUCGAGGACGACACUGAAGGGGGGGGUGACGAUGAGGAAGGGAGCUACGAAGGGGGGAGCGAAGGGGAAAUGGACGGUGACAAUGAGUGCGGAGGGGGUGGCGGUGAGUAUCGGAGACGCACCGGCAGUGCAACCGUCGCAUCUGGACACGAGGACGUCCUCGUUGAUACGCAGAGAUCAGUAUGCUCGCGCGAGAGAAAAACGACAUCUCGACGGCAAGACGACGAAAAGACCCGGAGGCAGUCCAAGUUAAUUGGUUUGGCAGCAUCGCAGGAGGCGUACAAGAAAGCGCUCGAAACACAAUCGGUGAAGCCGACCACGGAAAAACGCGAACGUCCACGCUCGUCACAAAGGCAGAAGAAGAAACCGAAGGUGGACGGCCCGAAGGAAGUGGCAGACUUUGGUGACGAGGUGGUGGGGGUUGUUCCGAGAGAUAAUACUGCGAAACCGGAGCGGCUGGUUUCCGAUAAUAUUGACACGACAAGAUGUUUUUUCUUGGAGUACGACGGGGAUGGGAAUGCUAUUGACCGGCCUGCCCAGGUGUUCGUCGACGUCCUCAAGAUCUUGCCUAACCCUGAUGACGGUGAUUGCUAGUACAAUCACAGACCGCUGAACGAGAUGUU